GCGCCAGUGGCAGCAACUGUAGCACCACUCAAUGGUCCCGUGGUCCGUGUGACCCGGGGGUUCGCUGCAGAGAAGUGGCACCGCUGGCCUUAGUUGCUUCAUGGACAUCAACGAAGAAAUUGUAGUUCUUGAUGGCUGUUGAUCUACAUAAUUUAUUGUACUCGACUACUCGUUGCACCUGAGGUUCUAAAUCGCUGAUCGUUGUUCAGCAUUGAUAACAUGUUUUACAUUUAAAAAAUUGCCAAUGAACAUAUAUACGUGUUUAGGGUACAUGUUCCAACGAAGCUGGCUGGCGGGUCCUUGACUCCCCACCUCAAGUGCUCCCGUAUGAAAAGACUCCACACAACCAGAUCAUGCAGUGGUGUCCCUGGUGAAAAGAAUUCGAGGCUUUCAGCCAGGAAGCCGUCUACAAACGCCAUAAUACAUGGCAACUGUUGUAAGUGCAGAUGGCCAGCAGGAGUAGCCUGCUCGCGCUACCAGUUGGCGCAACAAAGUUGCCGGCUGCCGCCAAUGGAAUUCAGAAGCGAGCUUUCUCACGGCCAGUGGCAGUCGGCCUCGGCCACUAGUUGCCGCCCUUGUUCUGAGUUGCUCUGUGCUACCAAGAGCUUUCUGAAGAACGGUUAGUGUGAUAGAUAGGUUUGUUUGGCAAAUAUGAGUAAUAAUCAGAAGUUAGUGGAGAGAAGUGUGAGCACCGAAGAUCUGAUAAGUGAAGUGGAGAAACACCCGGCGAUCUGGAACACUGAAACGGAGGAGUACGGGAACAAAGUUGAACGCAGAAACGCCUGGCGGAGCAUCACAACGAAAUUCAUCCCAGAGUUUGAUGACAAACCACUAGCUGAAAAAUACGAAAUAACGGCAAUUAUUCAGAAGAAAUGGAAAGGAAUUCGCACCUGCUAUACCAGAGAACUUAUGAAGAGAAAGAAAGAAAAAAAUCUGACAAAGGAAACUGGACGGAAGCAGUAUGUACACUUUGAAAGCCUGCAAUUCCUGGAAGGUCUAACCAGGGUGUCUACAAGCAGUGUGGACGAGGAACCAACUACGAACGCUGGUCUGAAUACUAGAAAGGAAGUACGGAAGGUCCAGGAGGAAACACAAAAAGAAGAUGAGAUUGAAAAAAGUAGCGACAGACAGUCUAGGAAGAGAGCCAACGACGAAGAGGAUGAACUCAUUCAAGUCCUUAAGAAGAAAAUUCUUCAGGGUGAAAAGCCAUCAGGUGAAAACGACGAAGAUAGAUUGUUUUUACUCUCUCUUGUGUCAGAAUUGCACAAGGUUCCUGCAGACAAAAAGCUGAAACUAAAAUUCGACAUUAUUGCUGCUAUCUAUCAGGCUCAACAGACUUUCAACAAUGACCCUGACAUGUGUGAUACCAAAGUCGUCGUAUUCACCCCCACACACCCAUGACUAAUUCACAUUUCCAAGCAUCCAACAUUCCCCCUUCGAGUUGUUACACUUGUCUAGAAUCCACCCCUUCAGCAUCUACAUCGGACAACACAACUUCACCGGCCCUCUCUGAAAGUUGUAGCAGCCACCGGGAUGAUUUUGUGUCGUUUGAGUAGGUGGUAACAAAUAAAAUGUCACCACUAUUUUUU